CAACAUUCUUCAUUUUUCUCACAUGGGUUAUCGAAUUUAGCUUCCAAAUAGGAUCAUUCUUCGGAAAAACCUUUCCAGAUUCUGUUUCAUUCCUUGAUCCUUCCAACAUUUUCCGGCGACGAAGAAUCAGGUCCUCCAUGCCAGUGGAAGUGCAUUUGUGAGACUAUUAGAUGUUCUGUUUUGCCAGUUUUGAAAUUUGAUUCACACCUGGAUCUAGUACAAGUUAGAUCUUUCUUGGAUGGUUAUGAAACAUUUGCUCUAGGAAAUAAUAACACCUCUAAAUGGAGUUAGCAGACAAGACGGUUGGAUUUUUGCUAUCGCUUACCAGCUUGUCCAUCUUCACUUGCUGUACUUUCUGGGUCAUUAUCCUGCCAUUUGUGGAUAGUGAUCACUUCAUCCACAGCUAUUUCUUACCACAGGAAUUUGCCAUCCUCAUACCUGUAUUUGCUGGUGUGGUACUUCUGUGUUUAUUAGGCAUAUUUGUUGGAAUUGUAAUGCUCAAAUCCAAAAGGAAGAAGGCAUGAGGACAACUCUUAAAAGCUAGCUUUAACUAUGUAAAUAUA